AUGGCACCGCCGACACAAUCUUCUCCCGCUCUUCCCCUCAAUGUUGCUCCGGCAUCACGACCUCAGACAGCACAGUCGACGCUGUCCACUGCCUCCUCAACUACAGUGGGCGCGAACAAGUCCACAACAAAUACAUAUGCUCCGGACAUUUCGUCCCCUCACGAAUUGACGGCGUUUGUGGAGUCGCUGCUCGAACAGCUUGACCAGAAGUUCGACGACAUGUCCAGCCAGAUUCUCGAUCGCAUGACCCAAAUGUCAAGCCGUGUCGACGCCCUUGAGGCUUCCAUCCAAGACAUCAUCAGUAGCGAUGCUCCUCCCCCACUGCCUCCCAGUCUCCCGCAGUCUCCU